AAGUUAUGGACACCGUAUUAAUAAAAGCGUGUGUCGAUAAGACCCCAGCCUUCCUAUGAAAAUUCCAGGCUUAAUAAUUUUUGUUACCUGGGAUAGCUUCAAGCCAAUUUAUACCAGUUGUCAUAUGCGAGAAAUUUUACAUGUUACCUUUACUGCGUGGUGGUCAAAUUAGGUUUCGUGUGAUUGACCCACUUUUGAAAAUUGUCCGGUCUGAAUAACUUUGUUUGACAAGCUUUACUACUAGACAUUUGUCUGCUUAUUCGAUUUAACUUAGUCACUUUUCACGCUUCAAACCACUGUUUGCUAAAAAAAAUUGUUCAAAAACUUUCUUUGUUACCAUUAUUCAGUAUUUAUCUGUUUGCUCGAAAAUUUUUCGUUUGUUGAAUCCAAGAUAGUAAUUAAUAAUAAGUACCUCAAUUAAUCUCAUCCGUAUAGACUUCGACCGUACGUUGCAUUUAAGCUUAACCAGUAAACAUAAUCUAUGCCUGUAUGCUUUUUUAUUGUCUCAGUAAAUGAUUAAGUUAAUGAAGUAUUUGCCGAAUAUUAUUUCCUUGGUUUACAUUAAUUGUUAACAUCAUUUUUGCCGUGCAUCACAUAUCAAUUGCGUAUUAUUAUACCAUAUUACCCGUACAUUACGCUAACACUAGUGAACAAUCUCUAUUAUUUGUUUCGCCAUCUUACGAUAUUGAUAUCUUUUGUUACCUUUCUUUCAGUGAUCUCAGUUUAUCGUAGUUUCGACUAAGUAAAAGCUCCUCUCAUUGUUACCUUAUUCUAGUUCAGGUCUGCUUUGCCGUUUGAUUAAGUUUUCUGCCCUAAGUUUCUUCAAGUCAAAACGGAAAAAGUGCUCUCAAACUUUAGUUAUAUCAGUUCAAAAUCAAGUUUUUUUUUCAAAAAAAAUUUGAGUGCUCAAUUUACGUCAUUUCAUAUUUUACACUUUAUUUCACGUUAUCUCAUACUUAUGCUUCCUAGAGUUAUUAUUACAUAAUGGGCUUAGUAUUUAUUGAUUAGUUAUUAUAAAACAAUCCUAGAAUAUUGACUAGUGAGUUACGCCAUUAAGUUAUAAUUGUUUUCAUCUAAUCCAAAGUUUUGUUACGUGAAGUUUUUAAUUGCAUGUGAAAAGAAGUUUUGAAAAAAAUGUCGUCGGAAAGUCCGCCCGAACGCGUGAACAAAAACGACUCAACCAGUGAACACAUUAUUACGUCAUUAAACGACUCUCAAAGUCCAUCUGAGGUAUUCGACCAUGCGGAACCGACAAGCGAUCAUUCAGAUUCCAUUUCCGAAACGAGCUCGGAACCUUCGAUUAAAGUUAACCCAGCGUUCAAAAAGGUUCUGAACAACCCAAAAGAUUUGUUACCUUCGUCUCCCUUUAAAAAGAUGACGCCCAGUCCCGGAAGUGAUAGCUUAAAAUCGGGGAAUUCGACUGAGGAUCAAAAUAGAACGCCCAGAAAUACAACAGGCUCUAGUACGAUUACGAGACACAAUAACAGUAACGUAGAAGCGUUUAUGAAGAGUUCUCUGGUCCAAUGGGCCACAAGAGCGAUUGACCAGAGUUAUGACUCAAAUGGCAAUGCAGAACAAGUAACGUCUCCUGUUCGAAAAGGAUCUGAUGGAAAUGGACACAGUGAAUUGGUUGUCACUUUCCAAGAAUUAGUGGAUGGGAUUCUGCUCAACGACUUGAUGUAUGACAUCCAUCCCUCAAUUGCGUGCAAGGCUGGUAUUCAAGCAGACGUAGAGGAGCAACCCCACCUAAGACUGCAGAAUCUGGCCUUACUCCUCAGAAACAUCAGAUUCUAUCAUGCUGAGGUGCUGGGUGAGGCAUUGGUGGGGAGACUUCCAGAUGUGACUGCAAUAGCCAGAGAACCAUCUUCAGUGAUGGGUCUCUCGGAGUUGAAACGAGUGCUGCAACUGCUACUCGGUUGUGCAAUGAAGAGCGAAGUGCCCGUUCGAGAACGGCAUGUGUCCAUAAUUCAGUCUUUACCGGUAGCAGAACAAACUGAACUCAUGGAAUACAUCCAGGAAGCAAAGAGCAACGAAAACGCAAUAUCCCUCUCAGCAGUAGAAGAACACGUGCAUGUAGACUUGCAAGAAAUAUUCCACAGACUGAUAGACGACAGAUUCGACCUGUUUGAGAUCUGUAACUCACAGGCGGUGGAACAGUUGUCGGGUGGGGGUGGAGGGGUGGGUGGGGUGAAUGGAGACGCCACAUCAAGUGGAGGUCAGCCGCAGUUGAACGGAGGAGGUAGUGGAAUGUGGAAAAGGGGAUCUUUUCACACUAGGCAGGGCUCUAACUAUGGCGAGAUCCAACAGCUGAAUCUGCAGAUAUCCGAUCUGAAGAACAGACUCAUGAAGAAAGACAACGAAUUGAACCAGAAAGACGAAGACCUGGAAGCAUACAGUGACGAGACAAGGAACCUCUCAGUGGAGAACAAGAAACUGAAGGAGCAGCUGACAGAAGCAGCGAGAGAGGCGAGGAGUAUUCGUGGACUGAGGGAUGAAGUGGACAUUUAUAGAGAGAAAGCGGCGAGAGCAGAUAGAGCGGAGAGUGAACUGGAGAUGGCAAAACACAAGUUGGAAGAGCUCGACUACUACAGACAACGACUAGAGCAAUCGAACAAGGACUACAAAAUGCUGGAAGAAACGAAAUCUUCAAUUGAGAAACACAUGCAAGCACUUGAAACCCAAGUUGAACUCCUGCACGAAACGCAGCGUGAAAACAUCACUCUCCAAUCUCAAAUAACAUCUCUAGAAACUCAGAUAGAAGAGAAGGAAUUGUUGGUUGAUUCUUUGAAGAAAGAAAAUCAGACUUUGGGUGUGCAAAAUACAGCAUCGCUGAAUGAAAGUGCGAGUUUACAUCAGCAAUUGGUCAAUGCCAAUUACACCCAAACUUCUCAUCGACCUUCAGUGGGCUCGGAGUGUGAAGAUACUCUCAAGUUCAGCAUGAUUCAGUUGGAGAAAGAGAAACAAGAGUUGAAGACUAGAGCAAUAGAGAUGGAGACGCAACUACUGCAGUUGAGUAAGGAGAAGGCGGCUGUGGAGAAGGAGUGUGACAAGUGGAGGGGAAGGGAGGAGAGGGAGAAGGGAACUCUGGAGGAGCUGCAACACAACAUCGACAAGGCAAUGAACGACAAAAAAGCACUUCACGAGACGAUGGAACAACUACAGCAGUCACACACCUCAGAAAUAACUUCUCUUAAAGAGGAAAUCGACUCUCUAACUCAGAAUCUAGAAUCUUCUAGAAGACAGACAAGCAUGAACGAUUCUAAUAUGGACUCUCAGUUAAAAGAAGCACAAGAACAGAAUAUUGUUUUACACGCUAGAGUUCAAGAAUUCAUGUCUAAGUGCAAUCAAUGCGAAAGCGAAAAACGACAAAUUCAGAGGAAAUUGGAAGUUUUACAAGAAGAGUUGAAUCAAAAAUCAGGCAAUGAUACAAAAUUACAGCAACUAACUAGAGAAAACGAACAAUUGAAAGAAAAUUUGGAGGAAGAAAAAACUAAAAGCUCAGAUUUGGAAAAAGUCGAAAAAGAAAAUUUGUCUUUGCAAAUUGAAAUUUCGAAGUUCAAAAGCAAGUUAGACCAGAGUUCGAAUGUUGAAAGUCAAUAUGAUGAGCUUAAAAAAGAUUUAGUGCAGUUAAAAACCCAAAAUUUGAAACUAACAAAGCAGUCUGAAAAUUUCAAUGCUCUGACUCAGAAAAUAAACCAACUUGAACUUGAGAAUUCGGAGAAGCAACGUGAAAUUGAAACGUUACAACACGUGAUUCAAGUUAACAAGUCGGAACUUUCGAGAGCUACGGAACUUGAAGCGAGAAAUCAAGCGUUGAAUAAUGAUAUUCAGAAAUUGAGAAAGACGUUGGAAAUGUAUUCAGAGAAAGAAAGAGAAAAAGGCGACGAGUUGUCGGCGUUGCAGUUGGAAAAGGAAUCUGUGCAAAGGGAACUUGACACGAUGCGAGUGAAUAACGAGACGUUAGAAGUGAAGAUGAAAGAGAUGGCGGCACUGGACAAUGACAACUGUCAGCUGGUGAAAGAUAAAAGACAGCUGGAGAGAAACAUCGAGAGGCUGAAGAGAGACAUCGAGGAGUAUGAGACGAAGGAUCAGGACCAAAGGUCACGAUUGGCGGUUAUGGAAAGAGACUUGAAGAGAACGCAGAGGUUCACUGAGCGGGACCUCGGGAAAGAUGAACAGAUUCAGGAGUUGAAGAACGAGAAUGCAGAAUUGAGGAAACAGUCUAUGGUCGACAAGAAGACCAACAACUGUCUCAGGGAGGAGCUGGUGAACGAGAAACUUCGUCACCAAGACCUGCAGUCGGAAAUGGAGAAGGUGAAGGGAGACUUGGCAGACAAGGAGAGCAACCUCAAGCUACAGCAGCACAAGAACCUUCUCGAGCAAAGUAGUGGAGGUGGUAGUAGAACGAGUAGUCCCAACUCUUCCUUCAACAAUGGCUCUCUCAUGAUUUCCAACAGUCUCCUAGAUGUGAAGGACAAACGCAUCAAGGAGCUAGAGUCUCUAUUGAAACAGAAAUCAGCUGAAAAAGAUUCAAUCCAACAGGAACUGGAAGUGCUGAAGAAACAACUGCCUAAGCCUGGUUCCAACACAACGCGUACGAACCAAGGAGUCGGUGGACUACUGUUACCUGGGCUGGAUGAUCUGUAUUGGGAAAGCAAGUUCACUGCUCUGGACCGUGAACACGUGCGUGCGAGAGAGAGGAUUGAGUCUCUGACUCAGCAGCUGGAUGUGAGACAGAGUGAGAUGAAUGAGCUGCUGAGUGUGAAGUACAGACAUGAAGGACAGAUUGAAGCCUACAGGAAGCAGCUGCAGAAGACACAUGCGGAGACUGCUAACAUACAGGUCGAGUUGUCAACUCUGCGCAGCGAGAAUGCCUCGCUGAAGACACAGUUUGCAGAUGAGCAGAACCACAGAACAAGACUAGAACACCAGCUGCAAGUCAGAAGCAGAGAUCUGGACAAUGCUCAGUCCGCUUACGAACAGCUGCUGCAGGGCAAUGAGAUGUUGCAAGCUCUGCACUCUAAUUUAUCCCAUGACUAUGAAGAUAGAAUGUCUCAAUUCACACAGCUGAAGAACGACCACAAGAAGCUCUCCAAUAAUCACAGAGACCUGAAAGAGAAGUAUGAAGUUCUCAAAAGUGAAAAAGACACCUUGGAAAAGCAGAACACCUCUCUCAAAGGCCAACGCGACUCUCUGCUGACAACCACCUCCUCUGGAAAGCAACAGCAGUCGAAUGGAACUUCUUCGUUUGCAGAACUGGAGGAGCGAUUGGAGAAUUACAAGAAGUCUAAUUCGAAUCUGAAGAUGAUGAAUGCGACUUUGAUGGAGGCGUUUGAGAAGUUGAAAAAGGAGCGUGACCACGUGGACUCAAAGCGGACAGAGAGCAGACAGAGGGAGAGGGAGAACAGUGAGUUGAGGAGUCAAGUGUCCAAUCUGCACUCAUUCAGUGAGGAACUAGAGACACAAAACCAGAAGAUGAAAUACGACUACGAGCUCGGAUCGUGCAAAGAACUGUUGAAAUCGCACAAUGACCAGUUGUCCCAAAUGUGUAUUGAGUAUGACGCACUUCAUGAACAGCUGAGAAGUCGUCAGUCGAGGAGGCCGAGAAGGGAGAGUCACCGAAGCAGCAACUACCACUCCGCAAAUGCGGAUUUCGAAGUGCCGGUCACGACAUCAGAGACUAUUCCGAGUCUGUCUAGCGCUGGUCGAGGAGGAAUGCCACCGGGUGGUGGGGAUAUAGAGGAGACGACGGACGAGUUCUCGAGUCAAGUGAGGACACCUUCGCUAGAACAUUUGGAUGAGACUAAACUGAGAAUGAGGGAGAAGUUUGCUGACAUCCAACAUCAGCAACGAAAACUGUACGAGAACAGUGCUUUUGUCACCGCCACGCUUCCCCGAUCAUCCAACACUGACUCACCUAGUCUGCACCGGAAGAAAGGACCCAACCUCAUAAAACAGCUGAAGAAGUCUCUCUCCAAGAGUGGUUCUUUUUCGAGGGACUCGCAGCCGAAGCUAGCAGUGACGUCGACUGCAAGGCGGAAUAGUCGAGAUGACGACUCCGUCUCAGCCGAGAGAAACAACGACAGUUCGUCGUUCGGAUCUCGGUCCGAUACAGCAAACGACUCACCGAGACUUGUGCAAAAGGGGUACUACACCCAAAUUGACGAUCCAAUUCACGAAUCGAGCGAUAGUCGAACCCUAAGUGCGAUACCUUCACAUUUAAUACCGUCAACUUCAUCUGCUGGUAAUCAGAGUUACCCUGGAAAUAAUCAGAAUAACCUUGGAUUACCGGAAGAGUAUGCGACAAUAUCGAGGAAAUUUAGAACGAAAAAGCAGGAAAAAGACAGAUCGUCGUCUGGAAGUACAAAAGAGAAAGAGCAUUCGUCUUCGGCGAAGAAUAGAUUUAUGAGUAAAUUUGGAGGCGGCGGAGGUGCGAAUAGCAGAGAUAACUCGAAAGAGUGUUUGCUAGAUGGAAAUGGCAGAGGACGAGGCAUGCAGAUGGAACAGUUUGGAAAUUUGAAAAACUCGGAGGCUCCGAGGAAGUCGAUGCCUAAUGUAGCAUCAAGCACGCAAUCGGUGCUUAAUCAUCAAGUUCCCCCAACUACAAUACUGAAUGGCGUCGCCGUCUCGACCUCGGCUUUAAUCGAGCCAGUAGUUGUGAGACGCCGCCAUUUUGCGGUGCCUCCCGUAAACAAGCACGCGCCUAAUAGGCCAACGACCUCGAAACAAUCAGGUGACAAGAAAGGUCACAGAGUAAGUUGGCACGACGGCUUACCGCAACCGUCAAUAUCACAUAGUUCGAGUUACCACAGUGGGUUGAUGAAUAGAAAAACAUUCUACGAGAGCGGAUUUCCAACGUCGCCACUAGCCGAAACGACAAUAACCCACUCAGUGUCAACUAUGUGUCCUCCGUCUAAUAGUGACGGAAGGUUUCCUGGGUUCAUUGACCGAGAGUUUGUGACUACAAUUACUCCCCAGCAUUACCAAGUGUCGCCGCAAUGUGAGAUGAGCGAGGCCUCGUUUACUUGUUCAUUGGAUUUAAGAGUGAGCGAACCAAACAGUGGUCAUGAUAAUGCAAAUCAGCCUCAGUACUCGAGUAAUGACAACAACAAUAAGAAGUACAGCCUAGGUUCGAAUCCCACCUCUGGCCGAGGAGGGGGAACUCACAAUGGAAACUCACAUGGAACGUCAGCUCCGUAUGGGGGUUAUAUGACGCCUGGCGAUGCUAGUUCUGUUGCCGAGUCAUCAAGUUCAGCGAGAAGAAAUCGCAACAGAAUCGACAAGAUUCUUCGACCACAGUCUUGCAUUGGUAAAAAGUCGUCCAAAAUGAAACGAACUCGAAAUUCCUUGCGAGGAAAAUUCGAAAAUCAAAUUUCGAGUACUGGUGGUAAAACCAUUAAACCGCGCCCUGUUACAACUAUGGAUUUUCCGGAAGACCUCGAUCUUAAUUCAGAGGACUUCCGGAACCAAAUGCUUGGUAUCCCAAGUCCAGUUCCAGAAGAUGAUCACGGAUCCAGAACUCCGGCAAAAGGAACCUUGAAACAAUCACGAAGUCAUCCGAACCUACGAGAUAUGAUAAAUAGGAUCUCGACUAGUAUUAAUCCAGGGUCGAGCUCGAAUUUGUCAACUAGCUUCAGAUCAAAAAACAAGAAAAGAGAGAAAAUCGCGUCAAGUGAUAUACACAGAACAAACAGUUUGGAGCGAACAAAAUCCCCUUGUCUUUCAAUCACAAUUCCCCCAAACAACAACCUAUAUGACCCCUACAACGAUACAUCCCAAGUGAAGCCACGAAAACGUACUCCUGGCUCGGCUCAUUCAGGCGAGAGACCGAAGUCGGCUGUUACUCCUAUCGGCUUCGCGGCCAUGGGACUGAAUGGACGCGAUGAAACAGAUGUGGAUGAUAAAAUCUCGUUGGAGCAGUUUUUAAAAGAAAGCAAUCGCAGUCCAAAAAGCAGGCGACCCCUUGACAACGAGCGGGUCGAACUAGGUGGACGUAUAGUUCCCCCUCACCUGCUAAUCGACCAACUUUUUGACCCUACAUCGCCUGUGGGGUCAGUGACCUCAAUGACCUCACCAACAGAAGUAGAGGGGGGUUCGAGUCCGUGUGAUGACCCGGACCCCUUCGCUCCUACCCCACCCCCUAGAACCCACUCUACUAGAGCAGGGUUGGUCCCGGUUGACCAUUUGCACAUGAAUAUCAAGAGGAAAUACCAAGAAGCAGUUUUGAACAAUGACAAAGACGCUCUCCGUGAACACCUCUCGUGUGAUGAGAUAGAGGACGAACCACCCGACUCCUCCCAGAAAUCACCUGCUCUAAUUCCCCGACAACACUUAAUCCGACAGCGUCCGAGAGCAUCACAACAAAGUGACAAUCAGCAUGGAUCUAGUCGUAGUGUGAACAAACAACAUAGAUUGUCGCAGCCGAGCCCCGAUUCCACUUUCAGAUCCGAUGUCGAAGGUGGCGCAGGAACUUCUUUGUCAGGUUCCAUUGGCCACUCACCUCAGUUCCAAAAAGUAAUGAUGACCUCUCCUGGCUCAGCGGGGGGAUCAGGUCAUGGAAGAGGUCAAUCUCCCCAGCAGAGAAGCAACCCCUCCAGUGUGCCCAUGGCACGCAGUUACCAUGGCAACCUGUCUGGGUCUUCGAUAGGUAGUGAUGUGCUAGAUAGAGAUGGUGCAUCCAGUCAAGGCGACCCAUCGCCUCUGAAAUAUCCUCCAUCCUACUCCCAGUCGAGCUCUUCGUGGGGCAAGGCUGGAUCCCGCUCUGGAAUAAUUGGAUCUUCAUCUCAACCGAAUCCAAAACGAAACUCCCUCGAAAGUCAAAUCAGCGCACCAUCCAUUGGCAAUCAACCGCCUGUUACUUACCCCAGAAGCUCAAGUAAACAUGUAUCUUCAAGCACAGCUAAUAAUUCAUCUUUAGGCCAAAUGAGCUGUAGAAAUAAUGUACCUUCACCAUCAAUUUCAAACUCUAAUAUUGCUUCUGCAGCAAAUAUGAAUAGAGGAUCGAAUCUCGCACCCGCCAAUAGACCUUUGCCACCAGUUCCAAGUUCUCCUGAAAGUGAAUUGCCCCAAAUGGAAAAUAAAUCGAAUACUUCUCCGCCGACAAAAGAAAACGCAGAAAGUUCGACAUCGACCAGUGAACAAAAUAAGAAAAAUGCAUCAUCUGUGUGGUACGAAUAUGGGUUCUAAGACGUUACUAAAUUUGAGAUUUUCUCGAAUUUCAUGGCAAAAUUAGCGUUUCAAUGACCAUGCUUAAUGAAAGGCCAUGAAUUGAGAGAAAUUAUGACGUUUCAGUAACGAAAAAACAUUUUCCUGAAACAUUUUUGAGACACUUAUAUUGUAAUUUCUGCUUGCAACGAUAUUUCCGAUCAGCACUUUACUUUUUCCAGCAGAAUAUCGUUGUAGUUUCAAUGCAGUAUUGUAAGUUGUAAACUUGCCAAUUAAUUAGAUCAAAUCAACGACCUGCUUAAAUUCAAUGAGAAGCUUAGGUUCCGGUUGUGGUAAGCGACGAUGUUAUUUAUAGAUUGAAAAAAAAUUUGGUUCAUAAUAAGUGAGCAUAACGAGUUUUC